AACAUGAAUGUGGCUCGGAGAUAGGUCUGCGUUUGUGCUCAUCUUUCGUACGGUUGCCGAUUUGAUUCAUGAGCAAACUGUGUGGGUGUUGUUUUUGGGAAAGAGAAAACGACGUAGGCUAUGAGACGCUUGCCUAUUUAGUGCCUUCGUUCAUUGCCUGUUUUUUCUUACACUGACUGUUUUUUCUUACACUGACUGACCAGUGUUUCGGUUUAACCUGUAUGAACGAGCUUGUGUUUCCGACAUAAAUCGGUGGAAAACGCGUCCGUGGCGGGUCAACUAUUUAUUAUGGCUAAAAGAAUUGAAUUAGUGCACUGCUGGUCUGAAUAUAUUUCAAGAUAAGGAGAAAACGGCCGCUAGGUCAGGCCUGUCUGUUCCGGAGAAAAGAGUGUCGUUUAGAGCUUAUUGAAUGAAAGUCUUAUUCGUCCUUCCCUGCCAAAGAUGACGUUACCAUGGAAACAGCUUCUUCUGCUAUCAAUCAUCGACUGUCUCGCAGAAUGUUUGGACAGUGGAUCAUUCCAUGGUCCAAGAUGGAGGAUGGAACCCGGUGACUUGUUUAUCCCUGUUGAUUCUAUGGAAGAGGAGGCCACACUUACAUGUGAUGCUAAAGGAAUCCCCCCUCCUCAAUACAGAUGGUCACUGAAUGGAACUCUCAUAAAUCUGGAGUUGGACCACCGGCGUCGGUUGUCUGGGGGCAACCUCAUCAUAAGAAGUCUGGACCGCUACCAGGAUGGGGGAAGGUAUCAGUGUACAGCCUAUAACACAAUAGGAGCCGUUCUCAGCAGAAGAGCAAGCCUACAGUUUGCCUACUUGGAUCAUUUUAAACUCCACACAAGAAGUGCGGUGUCAGUUCGAGAAGGACAAGGAGUUGUGUUACUCUGUGGAACACCCACGUCCUCAGGAGACCUUAGUUAUUCAUGGGUCUUCAAUGAAUACCCAUACUUCGUCCAGCAAGACAACAGGCGCUUCGUAUCUCAGGAGACUGGCAACCUGUACAUCGCCAAAGUGGAGCCCUCAGAUGUGGGCAACUAUACCUGUGUGGUGAUGAACAGCAUCACAAAGGGCAAAGUUCACAGCUCACCCACAUCUCUGGUCCUGAGGAAAGACGGAGUAAUGGGAGAAUACGAGCCGAAAAUAGAAGUUCAUUUCCCCGACACCGUACCAGCAGCAAAAGGAUCAGUGGUUACGCUGGAGUGUUUUGCUCUUGGGAACCCUGUCCCUGAGAUUACUUGGAAGAGGGCUAAUGGAGUCCCGUUCCCCAGCAAAGUGAAGAUGAAGUACUCCAAUGCCGUCUUGGAGAUCCCCAGCUUCCAACAAGACGACACGGGGGGCUAUGAGUGUGUGGCCGAAAACAAGAUGGGGAAGAACAUCGCUACAGGCCGAUUGGCCUUCCAUGCCAAACCUCAGUGGAUUCAGACCAUGAGAGACACAGCCCUGGCCAUAGAGGAGAGGCUUCACUGGGAGUGCAGGGCCAACGGGAAGCCCAAACCCUCCUACAACUGGCUGAAAAAUGGUCAAGUGCUGAUCACUGAGGAGAGGGUCUACGUUGACAAUGGGGUCCUGUUGAUCUCAUCUUUGAACCUGUCUGAUGCCGGGAUGUACCAGUGUGUGGCUGAGAAUAAAUAUGGUGUCAUCUAUUUCAGCACUGAGCUCAUGGUCUUAGCCUCUUCUCCAGACUUCACUGGUAACCUGCUCAGAGCCCUGCUUAAAGCCAAGGCCGGCACCAUAGUGACUCUAGAGUGUAAGCCCCAAGCCUACCCCACCGCUAGCAUCCUGUGGAAGAAAGGCAACCAACCCAUCCACACCAAUGACAGAAUCACUCUCUCUCCAGGUGGAACUUUGAGAAUCACUAAUGUGACCAAGUAUGAUGCAGGCAGCUACACCUGCUUUGCCAGAAACCGAUUUGGGACCUCCAGCACCACUGGAAGACUCCUCAUCACAGAUCCAACAAGAAUUACUCAGGGGCCAGUGGACAUGGAGAUCAUAGUGGGUGAGAGCAUCGUGCUGCCCUGCCAGAUCGCCUGUGACCCUGUCCUUGAUGUCUUCUUCACCUGGGCUUUCAACGGACAGCUCAUCACCAAGACAGACCGGCAUUUUGAGCUAGUGGGAGGGAGAACAGCUGGGGAUCUGAUGAUCAGAAACAUCCAGUUGAAUCAUGCCGGGAAGUACAUCUGCGUGGUGGACACAGACGUGGAGAGCCUGUCAGCAGUGGCCAUAUUGAUUGUAAAAGGCCCCCCUGGCCCUCCAGACACAGUGGCAGUGGAGGAGGUGACAGACAGCACAGCACAGCUCUCAUGGAGCCGCGGCAGGGAUAACAGCAGCCCCAUCACCAGCUACCUCAUCCAGACCAGGACCCCCUUCACUGUGGGCUGGCAGAGGGUGGACACAGUUCCUGAGGUAAUUGAUGGCAACACACUGACAGCCACGGUGGUGGAUCUCAAUGCCUGGGUAGAGUACGAGUUUCGAGUUGUGGCAAAGAACAGUGUGGGAGUGGGCGAGCCCAGUCCCACCUCCCUCCAGACACGGACAGAGGAUGCAGUUCCUGAUGCUGCACCCACUGAUGUUGGAGGAGGGGGAGGCAGCAGAUCAGAGUUGGUUGUUACAUGGGAGCCUGUUCCCGAGGAACUGCAGAACGGUGAGAGCUUCGGUUACAUUAUCGCGUUCCGUGGCCUCGGUGAGAUGACCUGGACCCACGUCGCCACCUCUGCUCCAGGGGCAUCCCGCUAUGUGUACCGGAACGACAGCAUCGCUCCCUUCUCACCCUUCCACGUGAAGGUGGGAGCCUAUAACAGCAAAGGGCAGGGCCCGUUCAGUCCCGUGGUCACCAUCUACUCUGCAGAGGAAGAGCCGAGUGGUAUGCCAGGGGGAGUUUGGGCCAGAAGUGUUUCCGCCUCAGAAAUUGAUGUGAAUUGGCAGGCUCUAUCCUUUACUCCUGAAAGAGUUCUCGGCUACGAGGUGGUGUACUGGGAGGAUGACACCAAGCCAGAGACGAUGGGGAAAGUGAGGGUACCUGGGAGUCAAACAUCGGUCACUGUUAGUGGCUUAGGGCGAAACACUCAGUAUUUUCUCACAGUCAGCGCUUUCAACACAGCUGGUACUGGCCCUUUCCUCCCCGCCAUCAACGCCACCACCAAGAAAUCACCACCCGGACAACCUCCUCUAAAUGUUGAGUGGACCUUGAUUGGCUCCCAGAUCACUAUAUACUGGGAGCCGGUGGUAGCCAUGGAAACAGAGUCAGAGGUCACCGGUUACCAACUGUCUUACAGGAGUCUGAAACAUAAGGAAGAGAACAUGCUCUUGACAAACAAUUCCACAGCCGAGCUGACCCUCGUUGACAAUGAAGACUAUGUCAUCCACAUAAGGUCGCUGAGCGAGGGAGGGCUUGGCCCAGCCACAGAUCCCAUCCGCAUCCACAAACUAAGUAUGAGUGCUCGAGGCUCGAAGGCCUGGAGUCUGAACACAUCCCCUGUCUCUCUGCUCCUCAGCAUCGCAUUUUCAACAUUCAGGUCUACAUCGUGACAGAAUGUCAGGCUACUAUCUGGUUUACAGAUCAAAUAAGCUGUCUCUGCUCCAUUCCAAAUGACCCAUCUACAAUUAUUAUUUUUCUAACUGUGUGAAAGUAAUGGUAGAGACCAUCCAUUUUGGAGGCAAGACAAUAAGCGCAUUCAUUUGGGAAAUUGGGAAGACAUUUUUGUUGUUGUUUGGGCACAUGUUUUGAUGAACAUUGCGUUUGAUCAAGUGCUGUCAACUUCUGAAGGUAUCUAUUUGGAUUGUACAUUUUAGGUGGAUGUUCAUAUGAAUGCGCUAUUCUGACUUUUUGGAGCCCUGAAUGAUACAAAUGCCUUACUUCCAUUCAUGUGCCAAAGUAGUUUGAAUCGUUUAGUUGUAGGCUAAAUGUUAAGCUAGCAAUGCCAUGCUUUUUUCCCCUUCAUAUUUUCAUUUGUAAUUAAACCAUGUCACACUCAAAGCUAGUUAUGAAAGUUAUUACCUAUGGUAAUAAUACUUGUCAUUUAAACUUUCAAGGUUGCGAUAUGAAGUUGACUUUUGUAAUUUUGACGUACUCUGAGGUGGUCAUCGAAGCAAAAACUUUUACUGGUGUUUGGCUGAGCCAAGUUAAGUUCUCUUGCUUACUCAUUGAGUAGACACAACCAUUUGCCUGUGCCUGUGCCUUUGAAGAUCUGUGUAAGAGUGUGACAAAGAAAAUCGCUUCACUUGACUUAUAGUCAGUGUUGUGCAGCAUUUCAGAGCUCUUUAAGUGAUCAUUAUCGUAUAAUUAUGUGCUACAUGAAACCCAUAAGAUGAGAGCGGCUUGAGAGAGUGCAAGCCAUUUUCUCAAUGUUUUCAUUUUGUCAUUGUGGUAGAGACUUGAUUGUAUCACGAGGGCUCCUUACAACUGUAAUGAGCCAAAAUCUAAAAACGGACCUUACAGUGGAUGGAUAGAUUGCAUUUAAUGUCUUUACCACACCUCACCCACUACCAAUAUGACACCCACCUGGGUGAUGCACGGCAGCCAUUUUGUGCCAGAGUGCUCGCCCGUUGCGUGGUGAAAAUGGUGCCAAAUGUGCCAGUCUGACAUUGAAAUUGAGCCACUAGCUGAGACCCAAGCAGACAGUCAUUCACCCCCAAGAAAAUCCAUGGAGCCUUACUGUAUAUGGAACUCAUGCAUGACAUUGACUUAUAGUCAGCUAUGUUAAAUAUGUACUAGACUUGCUUAUCAUUUGUUCAAGGUUCAAUUAGCCUUUUCUUGAAACUUAUGUAUAUUAUUAUGUGCCCUACAUAUUUUUCAGUGUAGCCUCAACUGCUCAGGUGUUGGGUCUUUUACACACCAACUUCACUGGUCAUAAAGCAGAGAGCAGCUAUAUCAGACGGCUGACAGCACAUGAUACAGUGGUCUAUUUAAUGCUCUGAUUUGACAAAUGAAAAGUCUGAUAUCUGCCAUGAUUUAGCAGCAAUUAAAACAUAUUAAUAAAUUAGAGUGAGCCUAGGGGCCUUUAUGUGAAAGGGCAUAGGACUAAUGGUUCUAUGACAUCACAGAAGAUUAAUGUAUCAGGAUUCAGUGAGAGGAGCUAAAUCAGAACGAUUCCAUCAGGAUGGAAAUGUGUGUGUGUGUGUGUGUGUGUGUGUGUGUGUGUGUGUGUGUGUGUGUGUGUGUGUGUGUGUGUGUGUGUGUGUGUGUGUGUGUGUGUGUGUGUGUGUGUGUGUGUGUGUGUGUGUGUGUGUGUGUGUGUGUGUGUGUGUGUGUGUGUGUGUGUGUGUGUGUGUGUGUGUGUUAAUAGAUGCAUAUUACCGUGCUUCUCUGUGUGUCGCAGAUCAAAUCAAACUUUAUUUGUCACAUAAUGCAGAAUAAAACAAGUUUAGACCUUACCGUGAAAUGCUUACUUACAAGCCCUUAACCAACAGUGCAGUUCAACAAGAGUUAAGAAAAUAUUUACCAAAUUAACUGAAGUAAAAAAUGUAAUACAUUUUUUUUUAAAGAUGACAGUGUCUUUUGGAAGGCUAGUGAGUCAUUUUUAUAAAGCCCCAAAUAAUUUAUUGUACUGGCAAUCAAAGAUUUGGGAAAUUUUUGUGCCCACUUUCAAAUAGAAUAACAACACCAUGAAGUUGCACAUCUGCAGUGGUGUAAACUGAGUUGUGUUUAUUAAGCACCAAAUGGAAGAAAACUAACUCAAACAUGGAGGGACUACCUGGACUAAGAAAGGCUUCUUUUCACUUCCCAUUGCAAAAUGUUUUCCAUUGCGUGCCCUAAUGAGCACGAUCCAAGUUCAACCGAUACGUUUAAAAAAGGCAACAGUUGUAAAGGGCUUUGUUGGAUGAUAAGAUCAGAUCUCAUUACCACUGCUGGCAACUUAAAGAGAGCUGUCUUUGAGUAAUGUGUUUUUGUUGAUAUGCUUGUUUUCGUGGCUUUCUCGUGGUUCAUCUGUACACUCUCAGUUUUAUUUCAUUACAAACCAACCAGUGUUUACAAAGAAACUGUAUCUGUAUGACUGAUUUCAAUGUUUAACUGAUUAGAAACUCACAAUAUACAGUCUAUGAACUUUGUGUCCUUGAUGCAGAAAGGUCACCUCCAUCUUGGUUUUGUAAUGUAUACAGUAUGUACUGUGGAGAUCUUGUUUUUUUAUGUUUGAUUAUAUGCUUUUUUAGUUUUGACAAUUCUACACAAAGAUCAAGUGUUGCUUUAAAGAGAUAAACAUAUAAGAAAUACAUUUCAAUUGCUCUGUCGCUCCCAUGUACUAUGAUAUGGACCAAUGCCCUCAAAGGGGUUUAAACCGUGAAGGAAACUUUCAUUUGAUUUGUCUCCAAAAUGCAAUAUUAAUUUUGAAUGCAAUCCCCAUUAAAUUCAACAAUUCUUAACUAUAUCAGAGUGAUAUUGUGACAAUUUGGUCAACGGGCAGCAAAGUUGUCCCUUAUGAAUGGUACUAGGAAAACCGAUCAUCUGUUUUUUAUAGCACUAUAUUUGUACAACAUGAUUGAAACUUAUUGAGUUUGACUAAUGCAUUAUUAAAAGGAAAGACUAACAUCAAACAGUACUGUAUAGUUAAUUGGUUAGCAACACUUGGUCUUUAUGUUUCACACUGCAGUAUUAAAACAAUGUUAAGUGAUCUCCAUGAGAUUGUAUCAAGAAUGUUUUCACGAUGAAAAGUAAUUGGCUGAUCUUGUAUACUGAAUCUGUGCAUGUACAAUAUUGUUUGGUGCAUUUAUGUUUUCUAAAACAAAAAAAUUAAAGGAAAACAAUUUACAGAG